AUGAUUGCCGGUGGAACAAACAUUCUUACCAACCCUGACUUCACCGCUGGGUUGGACAGGGGACGAUUCCUCUCCAGAACUGGGGGAUGCAAGACGUUCGACGACGAAGCCGAUGGUUAUUGUCGAGGUGAAGACGGAGAUCCCAUCAAAGGUGUCAUUCUUAACGUUCUGACGAAUCACUCGGCUGAAGCCGAGUCUAUUACACGGCCUUCUUUGCACGCACAGAGGGAAAUAUUCACUAGCCCUCUACAUGUAAGCUACGUGGAGAUGCACGGAACGGGUACUCAAGUAACGGCGGCGGCCAGCCCAGCUUGGUUGGAGGACAAGACCGCAGAGGCACAGGCAAACAUGGGCUCUCUGAAAAGGGGCCUGGAAUCAGGGGCGUGUUAUCGAUUCACCUCCAACAUGGUUUACAGAAUUGGUGGCCGCUCUGGCCGAAUUUGA